UGAAAGCAUAUUUCCUUUCCUUUCUCUUCCUUCCCCACGUUUCCACUUCCCUCACAUUCCCUUCUCCGGCCUGCAACUAAGAAGAUUUUUAACAGUCAUUCAAGCCUGAAAAUUCUCAACAAAUAAAGAAAGACCCAAAAAGAAAGAAAAGAAAAACCUUCUCUCAAUGAACCCAUACGAUGAGAAGAGGCUAAGAGAUGAAGUAAUCUACUUGCACUAUCUCUGGCACCAAGGUCCCCCGCAAAACCCUAGCCCAAUCCCCCAGAAAAGACCCAGACCACUAACCCGGAAUCCCACCAACAAAAGCAAAAGGCUGGCCACUUCAGGAUCCUACCCACCACCCAAACCAGACAAUGGACCCGACUGGUCCACCCUCGUCAAGCCCCCACCACCUUCAUCGCCAGGAUGGCCAGCACCCAAGUCUAAACCGGACCACCCGACCAAACCCGUUUCAGUUGAAGACCAAGCGAGGUUUUCCUCCUUGAAAAUGCAAAGCAAGGUUCUUGAAAGUUGCAAAAAAUUUUUCAACAAAAGGGUUGUUGAUGAUGAAGAAAGUCAAGACGAAGAAGAAGAAGAUGGUGAGGAGGACAAGUUUUUUAUGGGAAUUUUUGUGAAUAACAGUGAGUUGAGGGGUUACUAUGAGGAGAAUCAUGAGAAAGGUGAGUUUUUUUGUCUGGUUUGUGGUGGCAUUGGUGAAAAUGUUGGUAAGAAAUUCAAGGGAUGUGUUGCACUUGUACAACAUUGUCUGUCGAUAUUGAAAACCAAGAGAAAGAGAGGGCACAGAGCUUUUGGAUUGGUCGUUUGUAAGGUUCUUGGUUGGGAUAUAGAUAGGUUGCCUGUGAUAUUGUUGAAGGGUGAGCCUUUGAGUCGUAGUUUGGCGAAUUUGACCCAGCAGAACACGUUAAAGGGAGAUGAUUGCGUUAAAAAUGUGGGAAAUAUUGAAACUGAAAAUUCAGAUGUGGAAGUCCAGAAAGGAGCAUGUAAUUGUGUGGAAAAGGGGGAUGAUUUGAAUUUUAUUUUGGGUACUCAGUCUGUGAAUGCUGAUGGUAGUGAAUCGGUUGAAAAUGAGGUUUCUGGUGUUGAUCAGAGUAAUUGUGAAUUGCUGAGAUUAGGCUUAUCACGGAUCCCAAGUGCUGAAUGGCCCUGCAUAGAAUCUAUCGAUGAGUCCACUUUAACAAUUAUGGGAUGGCCUAGCUUUAAGCCUUGUUCUGCUCCUGUCACACAUGUGGUUCCUGCUGAAGAACAGACUAGAUUCAACAUGGUGCAGUUGCAGCGUAAAGUCUUUGAAGGUUGUAAACAUUUCUUUUCUACAACUGAUGAAUCUGACCCUGAUGAAAAUGAUAAUGAAGUUGAUGAUGAAGAUGAAGAUGAUUCAAUGGAUGAAGAUGGGUCUAACGAAUGUAAGGAGUUCAAUUUCUUUCUGAGGCUUUUCAAAGAGAACAAUGAACUACGAAGUUAUUAUGAGACUAACUGUAGAGGUGGGGAUUUCUGUUGUUUGGUCUGUUGUGGGAUUGGGAAGAAAGUUUGGAGGACUUUUAAAGACUGUGUGGGGCUUCUUCAGCAUUCCACUGCAAUAUCAAAGACGAAAAAGAAGCAAGCUCAUAGAGCUUUUGGGCUGGUUAUUUGUAAGGUUCUUGGUUGGGAUAUUGACCGUCUUCCAUCAAUUGUGAUAAAGAGUGAGCCUCUGAGUCACUCAUUAGAUGACUUGUCACAGUGUCAGCUUGAUGGAAAAGCUAGUUGCAACCAGGAUGAGCCGGAUGGUCCUAUGGACAAAACAGAUUCCGGAUCAGCUUCAGAGGAGGAUAUCAAUGCACAUCAAAAUAAUAGCAUGUUGAUAAGUAAUGAGAUUACUUUGAAUGAAGAACCAAAUAAAGACAAUAAUUUGGAAAACAUUACUUUUGAGUAUCGGAGCUAAUGAAAUAAAGCAGUAAAUUCCCUGGUGAGAUAGUUGGUUUUUUGUUUUAUAUUAUCGUCAUGCUUUACACCUUUUAAAAUGGGUAAGCUCUACAAGACAUGGUUUUUAUAACUGACUUUCUCAAUUAUAUAAUUCUCUUCUUUUUAAAGUAAGCAGUUGUCUUGUUCUUUGUUGAUAAGUAUAAAUUGUCAACAGAGUUCGAUUACGGAAAACAAUUUUUAGACAAUAUUCAGGUGGAGAAUUCAAGUAUUGAGGAGCAGCAUGAGGAUUGCUCACAAGUAGAAGUAGAAAUAUUUUAAUCAAGAAACUGUGUAGACAACUGAAAGUUAACAUUGCAUAAUAGCCAUUUGGAUUCUGUUGGCUCAAGAACCUUGCUGAAGGUUCAAAUGUAGUUUGGCAGUUUGCUUUUUUCCAGACUUGUAAGUAGGUAGACAGCUUAUCAGCUUCAUUCAAGACAUUACAGGGUAGUAGAUUAUUUAGAAAGAACCAACAGUUGAUUCAAUGGUGUAAUUACUAGUUUAUAACUAUAUACUUAUUGUAUAGCUACCAUUGCAUCCUCUUCUUCAUGCAACCUGAACCAAUUCAUGCUUGCUUUA